UCAUUAAGCUUCGGUAUCAUCGAGCUUGAAACCGCCUCCUGAAUUCUGAUCAAGUGUCUUUGCUCUCUCAACUGUCUAUCCACAGGAAGAAGCUCGUUUCUUUUACUCCUGCUUUCUCUCUCUCUCUCUCUCUCUCAAAGAUGACUUCUCUUUCUAAUUCUUUGGUUCUAACGAAAAGUCCUCGAGCAGAUUUGUCAUCUGGCUAUUCUCUGAAGCCACUAGAUCAAUGUCUCGGAAGUGCCAGCCCUACGAACUUGUCUUUUAGUUUUAAUCGAGCUCGGAAAGUGCAGUUUUGUAACUCUAGGAGGUCACUCAAUGUUCAAGCUGCUUACAGUGAUAGUGGAAGGUCAAGCAGGGCAAGCAUAUUUGUUGGUGGUUUUGUUCUGGGAGGACUCAUCAUUGGUGCUCUUGGAUGUGUAUAUGCUCCUCAGAUCAGCAAGGCACUAGCCGGGACUGACAGGAAGGAUCUUAUGAGGAAGUUGCCUAAAUUUAUAUAUGAUGAAGAAAAGGCUUUAGAGGUUAGCCGUUGUGCUUAAAGUUCAUGGGACAGUAAAGGUUUCCAAGUAAAC